AUGGCGCUGAUUGAAUACGCCCUGUCGCCCUGGGCCAUUGUUGCCCUUGCCGGAGCGCUGGUCGCAUCGUAUCUCUACCAGUACUUUGUCACAUACGGACCCCUGCGCCGGUUUGCAGCUCCCUUUCCAGCGCAGUUUUCGAAUCUCUGGCUCUUGUCUGUCUGUCGUCGAGGCAAUCGAUACGCUACCGUCGACAAGCUGCACAAGAAGCUGGGCAAGUUUGUGCGGAUCCAGCCAAACCACAUCUCCAUUGCCGAUGACGAGGCCAUCAACCUCGUCUACGGCCACAACAAUGGCUUCUUGAAGUCUGAUUUCUACGAUGCCUUUGUUUCGAUUCGCCGCGGCCUCUUCAACACGCGCGACCGCGUUGAGCACACUCGCAAGCGAAAGAUGGUUUCUCACACCUUUUCCGCAAAGUCCAUUGGUCAGUUUGAGCCGUACAUCCACCAGAACCUCCAGUUGUUUGUCAAGCAGAUGGACCGUCUGGUCGACACCAGCCAGUACAAGGGCGAGAACGGCAGGAAAGAGACUCGCAUCGACUGUCUUCCUUGGUUCAACUAUCUUGCCUUUGACAUCAUUGGCGACCUCGCAUUCGGCGCUCCUUUUGGUAUGCUUGAAAAGGGAGUUGAUCUCGCCGAAGUGCGAGAUGCUCCAGACAGCCCGCCCAUCUACGCACCCGCCAUCGAGAUCCUGAACCGCCGCGGCGAAGUGAGCGCAACUCUGGGCUGCUUCCCGGCCCUGAAGCCCUAUGCCAAGUACCUUCCGGAUCCUUUCUACAGCAACGGCCUCGCUGCCAUCCAGAAUCUCGCCGGAAUUGCCAUUGCCUGUGUGAAGCGACGCAUCGACAACCCUCCCGACGUCGAACGCAAGGAUCUCCUCGCUCGGUUGAUGGAAGGCCGUGAUGACAAGGGCGAACCCCUUGGAAGAGAAGAGCUGACAGCAGAGGCUCUGACUCAACUCAUCGCCGGCAGUGACACGACCUCCAACUCUUCAUGCGCGCUGUUGAACUAUGUGGUCCGCACUCCCGGCGUCCUCGACAAGUUGCAGGCCGAGCUCGACGCCGCCAUUCCCAAGGACGUCCACGUUCCUACUUUUGAAAUGGUCCGCGAUCUACCCUACCUUGGCGCCGUCAUCAACGAGACUCUGCGCCACCACUCGACUUCCGGCAUUGGUCUCCCUCGUCAGGUUCCCUCAAACUCUCCCGGCGUCACCAUCUGUGGCGAAUUCUUCACGGCCGGCACCGUCCUCAGCGUUCCCACCUACACGAUACACCACUCCACCGAGAUUUGGGGCCCCGAUGCCGAGGACUUCAACCCCGACAGAUGGGCAACCGUGACCCAGCGACAGAAGGAUGCGUUUAUUCCCUUCAGCCACGGCCCCAGAGCUUGUGUCGGCAGAAACGUCGCCGAGAUGGAGUUGAAGCUGAUUGCGGCCACCUGGGCGAGAAGAUAUGGUGCCAAGGUUCUGCAAGGGCCCAUGUUGACAAGAGAGGGUUUCUUGAGGAAGCCUUUGGGGUUGGAUAUUGCUUUGUACAAGAGGUGA